AUGGCGUCGCCGGAUGCCCCGUCGAGUCCGAGGUCCCCCGCCGCCUCGGCGCGGACGCGCAGGAGGAGCCCGACGGCGUCGCCGGAUGUCGCCUCGGGUCAGCGAUCUGGAGGCGCUCGAGCCGACAACGGGAGCAGCAGCCUCGUCGAGGAGAUCAUCUCCUCGCUGAGGGAGGGCGCCUCAAGGGAAAGAUUGUUCGCGCCGUCGGAUGGCGGCGGCGGAUCCGCCGCCGUCACGCGGAAGGGGAAAGAGAAGCCCGGGAGUUUCUCCUUCCCGCAGCUCGAGGCGCCGCCGGCCGUCGUCGACGCGGCGGCGGUCGUCGGCCAUUUCGCCAACGUCGAGGCGGAGAGGAGGGAGAAGGCGAGGGUGGAGUUCUUGGACAUGACGAUGGCAGCGACGGCCGGCGUCCGGUUGGGGGAGAUCAAGAGGGCGCUCCUCGUCGACCGGAAGGUACUCGACCUGGCGGGGCUGGAGCGGUGGCUGCGGCGGUGGGAGGCCAUCGAGGAGCUCGCGUGGUUCACGGAGAUGUGCGCUGACGACGACGAGGAGCGCUCGCCGGUGCCACAUCUCGAGCUCUUCGACUGCGCGUUCCGGGCCCUGCAGGCCGCGCGCUCCGACGAGCCCCACCGCGGCGCCGAUUUCAGGAAGUACUGGACUGGUUCGGUGUCCGUGCCGGAGUUCUUCCUCUGCCCUAUCUCCAACAAGGUCAUGGAGAAUCCGGUCGUCAUCUCCUCUGGAAAGACUGUUGAUGUUUUGGCAUUGGAUAAAUGGUGGAGCGAAAACAGACGCGUUUGUCCAGUAACUGAUGAGAUUCUCGACGACAACAUAUUCAUCCCCAAUAUCCUCAUCGCGCUGUGCAUAACGCUAUGGCGUAGAGAAAAUGACAUUGCAGAUGUGACGGCAAUUGCAGAACCAGCAAAUAUAUCUUCUGAUGAGGAAGCCUUGUUGAAUGAAAUCAGCCUCUUGGCUCACUCCCCUAGCAUCUCUGACAAAACUUUUGAUGCCAUUUUACGCCUGCACGAACUCAUGAACAAUGCUCAGUGCUCGUUCCUGCAUCUGCUCGGCCGAAGCCCAGGCAUGAUCACAAAGCUUGCAUGCAUCUUACCAGAGACAUGCCUGGACCCUGACCCAGAACUGGACGGCAUUAUCCUCAAAAUCAUCGCGAAGACAGCUUCCUACAGCCCCAAUAAAGUGAUAUUAGGAGAUGAUCGAUAUGCCAUACCCGUGCUGAUUGCAAGGGCAUUGCUAGGGCCUGUGGCCACAAGAGUCAAGUGUGCUCAAAUCCUUGGGUUGCUGGCUGACAACUACUACAACAAGAUCAAGAUUGGUGAGCUUGGAGGAUUUGCUGCACUGAUGGAGCUGCUGCUCUUGGUGGCAGACAGAGAUGUCAAGCAGACGGUGGCAAUGGCAAUCGCCAGUCUCUGCGAAGCACAGGAGAACUGGGGCAGAUUUCUCAGAGAGGGAGUAGCAGAUGCUGCUAUAUCCUUGUUGCGCGACGACAACCUGGUGGACGAAGCCCGCAGCAUCUUGUUGCAGGCUAAGGGUUUUGAGCUGGCCAUGACUCAGAUUCUGGAUAAGCUGAAAUCAUUUGUUGGUGAUGACAACUGCGAGAAGAUGAUUGAGAGCCUCUGGGAUACCUUCAUCCAAGCGAAAAUUCAAAGGUGUGUCAACAUUGCUCGUGCAUCUGCCUCAAAAAGAUCAGCCAGUGACACAUCUUCUGAAACAUCUUCUGAGGGGAUUUUGGAAAUGCCUAUAGAUACUGAUUUAACAGAGCAGACCAAGAAGGAUAUUAGGGUCAUUGUUUCAUGGCUGCAGAGGAGGUCGUUCCACCCUCGGACAUACAGAUACAUAGGUUGAUCAUCGGCAGGCCAACAUGUGUGUAGGAACAGGAGUGUAAUUGUAGCUGGGAGUCAUACCUGAUUCUUUGACAUAGCACAUUUUUUGUAGCCUGUACAUUACGGUAGCUCAACUCAAGCUAAAGAGUUAUUCUGAUCUUUUCUGAAUGUCAAAAGGAUAACUGAUAGUAUUUGAACAUAUCAUUGUUGUACCGUUCCAGUGUGUAUAGCUGAAAAAACUGUAUUGAUGAAUUGCCAUUCCA